CCCGUAUAGACCUCCCCAAAAAAGAAAAAAAAACACUAAACAAUAUAAUGUUUGUUAAUCUCACUCUGAUACAUCGAUAUUUUAGACGAACAUUAGUUAAUAUUUGACGUCGGAGAUAAUUUUUAAAGAGCAUUGAUACGGCUACUAUUUUAUUCAGACGUAGAUAGGGAGAUGUGGUGCUACCAGAAGCCGGAGUUUGAAGCCCUCCUCCUCGCCGAGCUGCAGAGACAGCAACAGUGCAGCCAGUUCUGUGACACCCUGCUCAAGACAGAAGGUGUUUCAGUGCCGGCUCACAGCUGUGUCCUGUCCGCUCUCAGCCCCCACUUCUCCUCCACUCUGUCCUCCGCGCCACAGCCCCCUGCAGGACAGAGCCGUCUCCUGGAGUUUCGGGCUCUAAGCGCCUGCACCCUGCUCCACAUGGUCCGACUGCUGUACUGUGGGGAGAUGGCAGGCGAGGGGGAGAAGGAGAAGCAGGAAGCUAUCUCUGCUGCGGCCAAGCUUGGCAUCCACGGGCUGGUGGAGGUCACAAAAAGACAACUUGAGAGAGGCAGUGUGAAAGGAGACGGGGGGCACACCGAGGCAGGGGUACAGACGGAGCCGCUGAUGCCUGAGGAGGAUGAAGGGAGAGGGGGCAGGUGGAGGAGAGAGGUGAGGGAUGGGAGCACCUUUCUUUGGAAAGACACACUGUCAGAUGGUAGAAAAGACUCAUGGACUCAAACAGAGGAGAUGCAAGAGCAAUUGGUUCCCGCUUAUCAACCAGCAGCCCCCCUUGAGACCAUUGAUGUAGCCGCUUUUCAGAGUUUAGGACAGACCACCUCCCAUUUUGUUCCACCUCAAAUUCCCUACGUUCCCAUAUCCCUUGUCUACCCACCUAAUGAAAACCCAACACAACAACCAUCAUAUGCCCUCAUGGACUCCAUGCAGGAAUCCACCUCAGCAGCUGGGUUCAUGUCUAUUUUGGCACCUCAGCACACCUUUGUCCCCCAGACUCUUCUUCCUUUUUCCAGCCAAGGGCCCCCCUGGGCUGCUGGGCUUCAGAGCUGGUGGGCCGCCCCCCAGGAGGCAGCCAGAGAAGCAGCAGCUAACGAAUGGGAGGACCAGAAUCUGGAGCAGUUUGAUGACUUCCUAAACCCGGACAAGGAGGAGGGCGUCGGCAGGGGGCGAGCAAGAAGGAGGCGGGGCACAGGAGAGGGAGGUGCCAGGAGAGGGGGGGCAGGAGAGAGGAGAGCCAGGAGAUCACGAGCAGGAACAGGAGGGAGGGGGAGAGGAGGGUUGACGCAGAUGGUGGAUGUGCAGGAGGUGGGGGUGAGCAGGCUGCAGAAGCUAUUCCUGCAGAGGGUCUGGGGGGGGACGCCCAGGACGGGACAGGGCGGAGGGGCUGCAGGCAAGAAGCUGUUCCUGAAGCCCAGAGAGCUCCUGAAGUCAACGAAGAAAAGAGGGCCCGGCAAAGUGUGGGGGGUGGGAGACGUGCUGCCAUACAAAGGGGAGAGAGGAGGUCAAACGCAGCAUGGGAGGAAGAGAACAACGCAGGAGGUUAACCCGAACGGUCUUCCCGUUGGGCGGCCGAGGAGAGGGAGGCCCCCGCGUGUUCCCCCUCACGAGGAACAGCCCGAACACAUUGAACGUCUGCUGGAGGAAGUGAUGAACGACCUCGAUAUUUUUAAAAACAACGGUGCUCCUCAGCCUCCUCCUCCAACCCGCAGCAGCGACGUGGCCUCCUGUGGAAAUACUGUGACACAAAACAAAUCAGGCUCCAAUGGGUACCCACGGGUUGUUGUUGUCGCGAGAGGAGGGGGCAGCCCCAGCGUAGCAAACCCUGGGACCCCCAUUCUGCAGCAGCAGGGGGAGGGGGAGGGGGAGGUGAACGAGACGCUGAACACCUUACUUCAGUCCUUUGAGCACAACAUUGACAGCUGCUCCGCCUGUGAAGAGGCUAACACCGCUCAGAGAAAGAAUACACCUCCUCCUGCCAGGCAACCGAGUGACGAGGCUGAAACACCUCUGAGGCGUUCACUGUCUUCUGCUCGCAGUGCCGCUCCACCUGAACACACAGAGGGAUCAACGGCACCAGACAAAAUAAGAAAAAGGAAAAGGAAAAGAAUAAAGCCGUAUAUGCUCUCAUUGGACAGAAAGAGGGUGAGGGUGAGGAAGCCGGUGUCAUCCAGUGAAACAAAAACCACAAAGAUUUUGGACCAGAGAGACGUGAAGCUGCUUCAUACGCCUGGGUUGAAACUGGAGAGGAGCGGCCGGCUGUCGGACAAAGUGAUGGAGCGCAGCUGCAAGGAAGUCAAGAAAUCUGCCAAAACAAAGCGCAGUUUAUCAUCGGUGACACAGCCACGGGACAGCGUCCGGGAAGCAGCUCCGCCGAUUGCAUGGAGCACAAAGACUUACCCAAUCAGGAGCCGCUUAAGAAAGGCAAAUAUGGACAGUGCACCCUUUCUUGUGGAGCCACUUCAAACUAAGCGACCAUCAUCAGCAGGCCCCGGAAGAGACAGUUUAUCUAAUGAGAGUUCAUCACUACCUGUUGAGCCACAGCCUAUGGAGCCCUGUGUAAUGGAUGAACAACUACAGAGAAAUCCAGAGACACGUGAAGAAGAAAUAACAGUCCAGCAUCAGGAAGAGGUAGAGGAAGAAACAAGGAGGGGAGAGAAGAGACACACCGAGCCAGAGGAGACGGGUGAGGAAUCCUCUGUGCCUAAGAGGGUCUGCUUUGAGCAGACAGCACAGCCGACCUCUGAAACAUGCGCACUGAGCUGUAAAUCUGCAGACUGUGUCUCCGGACCAGCACCCAGAGAGAGGAGGGACAUAGUCUCUGUAGAGACUGUUCCCAUUGCAGGAGAGUGCUUACCAAGACAAGAUGAAACAAAGAGGGGUGAAAUCAACAUCAGAGAAACUGACUGUGAGAUGGAGAGCAGUGGGGAUGACAUGAUUGCUGUGGACGGAGAACCUGAAGACUCGGACACUUCACCUCAGACUCAUUGUGUCGAUGCAAAGCUUUCACUUUCACCCACUUCACUUUCAGCAACGGAGUUCAGUCUGACGUCGACAGGAAGCUGGGAGGAUGACGAGGACGUCGAUGUGAUCGGCGGUUCCAGUCCCGCCCCUGAUCCCGUGCUCUUCAGCUGGACAGAGUGCUCAGAGGUUGAGGAAGAGGAAGGAGACGAGGAUAUUGACGUUGUGGGAGACAAUCCAAUCUACACUUCAUCAUCGCUCCUUGCUACUGUGAGGUGAGCUAGUUAACAAGGAUCGUCACACUGGGGUGCUUCACAAGCAGCUGUCAGGUUUUUUUCGACUUGUCUUCUCCAGUUCAUGUUAUUUGAUUUCAUGGAAAAACAUUCCUGAAUUGUUUUCAUUUAGCUUAAGAGUUGAAGAUAAAUAACGUCUGAUUAUAAAUGUCUGACAAUCACGUGAGAGAUUUGUGAGCGACUUGUUGACUAUCUGUUUGGAUUUAAAGACAAAAAAGCAAACAUGUGCAUCAUAACUCUGAAGGCACUCACAUCAGCAUCAAAAUAGAGGACUGUUCAUAUGCACUUAUUCAGUUCCUGAGUUGAGUUAACCAUUGUCAAAAGGUGACUUUUGUAUUCUUUCGAGGUAUUAAGCAGUUGAUUUUAUGUAUAAAAAAAAGUAUUGCUGUUAAGUUCAGUGAUUUUAUGUUUACUAAGCAGAGAUAUUCAUCAUAGUUUGUUUUAACUGCAGAAAGUGAGAAAAACAGCGAUAUAGAAACAGUUUAGAAAGAGAUGCAGUGCAAAAACAAUCAAAAAGUGUGUUUUAGGCGAGUGUUUUAUUACUUAUAAUUAUGACUAUUACUGUUUUAGUUGUACAAAUGUUGACAAUAUUAGCCUUUGUUAGUUGGAAAUGUUCCAGGAAACUUCUGUCUUCCUUGUUUUACUGUUAAGUUAUGUUUGGUAAUGUUCCUUGUGGCACUUUUGAGUCUGGACU